AUGUGGAGCUUGCCUUUGCAAAUUGGAGUGUCACUGUAUCUUUUGUAUACACAAGUCAAGUUUGCCUUUCUUUCUGGACUGGCCAUAAUCAUCAUAUUGAUACCAGUGAAUAAAUGGAUUUCUGAAUUGAUUGCAAGUGCUACAGAGAAAAUGAUGAAGCAAAAAGACGAGAGGAUUAGAAGGACAGGAGAAAUUUUGACUCAUAUUCGAACUUUGAAGAUGUAUGGCUGGGAGCAUCUUUUCUCUAGCUGGUUAAUGGAGACUAGAUCCUCAGAAGUCAAGCACUUAGCUACACGAAAAUAUUUGGAUGCUUGGUGUGUAUUCUUUUGGGCAACAACACCAACUCUUUUCUCCGUUUUCACUUUUGGACUUUUCACUUUGAUGGGACAUCAACUUGAUGCAGCAACGGUCUUCACUUGUCUUGCUCUGUUUAAUAAUUUGAUCUCUCCUCUCAAUUCAUUCCCAUGGGUCAUUAAUGGAUUAAUUGAUGCCUUUAUAUCAACAAGACGGUUGAGCAGGUUCCUCUGCUGUUCAGAACACAAACAUGAACUCAAACAAAAAGCUGAAUGUCAAGAUAUGGCUGUCACAGUGCAUGAUGCUUGUUGUGCUUGGUCAAGCAGUGAAGAAAAGCAACCGAAUCUGGUGUUGAAUCAUGUGAACUUGUGCUUUCCGAAGGGUUCAGUGGUUGCGAUAAUUGGAGAGCAAUUAGUUGUGAAACCUUGUGAGUUGGAUAGAGGUAAAUCAUCCUUGCUAAGUGCAAUUCUGGGGGAGAUGUGGCUCAUCCAUGGAUCAGUUCAUUCAAGUGGAUCUAUAGCAUAUGUACCACAGGUUCCGUGGAUUUUAUCUGGAACAAUACGUGACAAUAUUUUGUUUGGGAAAAAUUAUGAUUCAAGAAGAUAUUCAGAUACAAUCCGGGCCUGUGCAUUAGAUGUUGAUAUUUCACUAAUGGCUGGAGGUGACAUGGCUCAUAUUGGAACAAAAGGAAUCAACUUAUCUGGAGGACAGAGAGCUCGUCUUGCUUUGGCAAGGGCCAUUUAUCAAGGGUCGGACACUUAUAUGCUUGAUGAUGUGCUCAGUGCAGUCGAUGCACAAGUUGCAAGGUGGAUCUUACACAAUGCUAUUCUUGCUCCUUUUAUGGACCAAAAUACUCGUAUUCUUUGCACCCACAAUGUACAGGCAAUUUCUUCUGCUGAUGUGGUAGUUGUAAUGGACAAAGGACAUGUGAAAUGGGUUGGAAAUUCAGCUGACUUGGCAGUUUCAUCAUAUUCCUCAUUUUCUCCCCAAAAUGAAUUUGAUGCACUCUUGGAUGUUCAACGGAAAGAACUGAGCAUGGGCGAUUCUAUCAAAGUCAGUCAUAAUCACCUUCCCGAGAUGGUGUCUAAUCAAGUUUUGGAGGAAGUACAAGAGAUCAUUGAAGUUGAGUCACGGCAAGUGGGCAAAGUUGAACUUGCUGUAUACAAGAAUUAUGCAGCUUUUUCUGGUUGGCUCAUCACAGCUGUAAUAUUUCUUUCGGCUAUUCUAAUGCAAGCUUCUCGUAAUGGAAAUGAUCUGUGGCUUUCAUUUUGGGUUGACACAACUGGGAGCAGUCAGAUAAAAGCAUUCUCCUUUGCAUUUGGUGGAUUACGAGCUGCAGUUCAGGUGCACAAUACAUUGCUUAGUAAGCUUAUCGAUGCACCUGUACAAUUCUUUGAUCAAACACCAGGUGGAAGAAUACUUAACAGGUUGUCUUCAGAUCUCUAUACAAUAGAUGAUUCUCUUCCCUUCAUUCUCAACAUUCUCCUUGCCAAUUUUGUGGGCCUGUUGGGAAUAGCAGUUGUUUUGUCAUAUGUGCAGGUCUUCUUCUUGCUUCUACUAUUGCCAUUUUGGUUUAUCUACAGCAAGCUGCAGUUCUUCUACAGAUCAACAUCAAGGGAAAUGCGAAGGCUGGACAGUGUUUCUCGUUCUCCAAUAUAUGCAAGCUUCACAGAGACACUUGAUGGAGCAUCCACCAUAAGGGCAUUCAAGUCUGAGGACUUUUUCUUGGAGAAAUUUAUGGAGCAUGUGACACUGUAUCAGCGAACAUCUUACUCAGAGAUGAUAGCGAGUUUGUGGCUUUCUCUGCGGCUCCAGUUGUUAGCUGCAGUUGUCAUCUCAUGUGUUGCCAUGAUGGCUGUUAUUGGAACUCAUGACUAUUUGCCGAUCAGCUUUGGUACCCCAGGGCUGGUAGGUUUGGCUCUAUCAUAUGCAGCUCCAAUCGUGUCUCUGUUAGGAAGUUUCUUAACAAGUUUUACUGAAACAGAGAAGGAGAUGGUGUCUGUUGAGAGAGCUCUUCAGUAUAUGGACAUUCCUCAAGAAGAGCUCAGAGGAUCUCAAUCUCUUAAUCUAGACUGGCCAUUUCAAGGAAUGAUUGAGUUUCAGAAUGUCACCAUGAGAUAUAUGCCAUCUUUGCCACCUGCACUACAUGGAGUUAGUUUUACAAUUCCAGGCGGGAUGAAGGUUGGAAUUGUUGGAAGAACUGGUGCUGGCAAAUCUAGUAUUUUGAAUGCCCUCUUUCGCCUCACUUCAUUAUGCAGUGGUCGUAUUUUUGUUGAUGGCCUUGACAUAACUGAUGCCCCUGUUAGAGAUCUCCGUGCUCGCUUUGCUGUUGUUCCUCAGAGUCCAUUCCUUUUUGAAGGUUCAUUAAGGGAUAACCUAGAUCCAUUCCAGAUGAAUAAUGACAUGAAAAUCUGGGAUAUAUUGGGGAAAUGCCAUGUCAAAGAGGAAGUAGAAGCAGCAGGCGGACUGGAUAUCCAUGUAAAGGAAUCCGGAUCAUCCUUUUCAGUUGGGCAAAGGCAGCUUCUUUGCCUAGCACGUGCUCUUCUUAAAUUUUCCAAGGUACUUUGUUUGGAUGAGUGCACAGCCAAUGUGGACACUCAAACAGCUUCAGUGCUACAAAAUACAAUAUUCGGUGAAUGCAGGAGCAUGACAGUGAUUACAAUUGCUCAUCGCAUUUCGACAGUUUCGAAUAUGGACAACAUCCUUGUUCUUGACCGUGGGAACCUGGUUGAGCAAGGUAACCCAGGAGCUCUUUUACAAGAUGAGUCCUCCAUAUUUUCAAGUUUUGCUAAAGCUUCGACAAUGUAA